UUUUAAACUUACAAAUAACUAUUAUUAUUUUCAUUUUUCACUCAUUUUACAGUUUCACAUAAUUAUUAUUACAUAGCUACUAUUAAUUUUCAAAUAUAACAUCAAUAAAAGAAAAAAGAUACAUUUGUCGAAAACUUCAUGAUGUUGAGAAAAUAUUUUAAUGGAUCACUGUCGAAUGAUGUGCAUGAAUCAGUCAGAGAUGUUUGGGUGAGAGCAUUAUUGGAUCGUUACAGUGCACCAGACCGUAGAUGUCACGGUUUGGAUGAUUUGAAUGACUGUUUGCAACAAUUUGAAACUGCCAGAAGCUUAGUAAAAAGUCCAAAUGCAGUAAUUUUAGCUAUAAUAUUUCGAUAUUUUGAAUAUGACCCUAAGUUAGCUGACUGCAGUGAGGACAAUAUAAAUCAUUUUCGAAGGUUCUCUGAAGAAUCAAAACUUAAUACGGAUACAGUUUUGUGUGAAAAUGUUAUUUCAUUAUUAAAAGUUGGUGCAAUUAAUAGUACAGAAGAACAUAAAACUGAAGGAUGUUAUGGAAGUGAGGAUAAACAUUACUUUUUGGAUGUAGACAUGGCCAUCUUAGGUAUGGGACCAGCUGAUUAUGAAAAAUACACAAAUCAUGUUCGAGAAGAAUAUGCGUUCCUAGAUGAAGAAACUUAUAAAGAAUUACGUAUAAAAGUUCUUGAAAGUUUUCUACAAAUUCCUAACAUAUAUGCAACAAAGUUCUACAGAGAUAAAUAUGAAUCAGUGGCUAGGAAUAAUAUCCAAAGAGAAAUUAAUUUCUUAAAAUCUGUAUCCAUGUAAAUAUUUUAUGUGUCUCUAACACAGAUUUC